AUCUCUAUCUGUGCUCUUCUAAGAGUCAAUAGCUACAUUAUUAUGACAUCUCCUGGAUUUACUCCUCUCGUUCUUGCUCUACCAUCUUUAACUCCCUCUUUGGCAAUCGAAAUCUUGCCUCAUGGACUCACAAUCCACAGGAUCAUUGUGCAGGCUGACGGGAAGACUCACGAUAUCCUUAUCGGUCCAGAGAAACCCGAAGACUUCCUCAGCGAAUUCCACAAAUACCACAACACCAUCGUCGGUCGUUAUACCAAUCGUGUUCCAGUAGGCGAACAUCAAAUUGAGCGUGGCGGGUUCAAGUCACAGUUCGUUGCUCAAGGCAAUCAGAAGGACCCAAAAGUCUCACUUCAUGGAGGUCCCAAAGGUUUCGAUGACGUCGAUUGGGAACCUAUCGAUCCAUUCUCUUCCACACUUUUCAGCGAUGAAGAGAAGGUAUCCAUCGGUUCGAUCCCAGCUGCUGUUAUCUUCCGAUACACCUCUCCAGAUGGCGACCAAGGCUUCCCCGGGACGCUGCUUAACGAAGUCCUUAUUGGACUUGUGAACCCGAGUCAAGUCGCUAUUGAUAAUGCGAAGCAGGAGUAUCCACUUGGAAGUAUCUUGUUCGUUUAUAGGGCGAAGUUGAUUGAGGAGAAGAAGGUUACGCCUGUGAAUCUUACACAGCAUUGGGGAUUCAACCUCGAAGCAAGUCUUCAAGGGGACGAGUCGACUCACAAUGUCAAGGAUCAUAAUCUGCACAUCAAGUCCGGCCACUCAGUCGAGCUCGACCCGAGCUUUCUCUCAACAGGCAAGCUCAACCCCGUCCAAGGAACACCUCGAGACCACAAAUCAAAACGUAUCGGUGACCAAUGGCCUAAUGACGGUUACGAUGAAUUCUACGUAUUCGAAAAAUCCGCACCUACACCAAUCCCAACACGUAUCCCAUUGAGCGAGUUCCCAAAGAUGGAUUUGAUACAGGAUGUUAUCCAUCCGAGACAAGCGGAUCCUUCUUCUCCUUCUUCUCCUCCUGUUGUUGAGCUUUCUUCGGAUAAGUCUGGUUUAAACUUGUCGUUCUUCACUAAUCAGUCCGGCGUCCAAUUCUACUCCGGUAACCUGAUCCUUCCCGACAGCUCACGAAAGAGGAUACACGGAGGGAGUGGACAGCUAGGGAAGGGUGAUGGGUACAAACCAGGAGCUGCUGCCUUCCUCGAGUUCCACGAGCCGCUUGCCGCAUGGCUGCACCCCGAGACAAGUCUAUCAGGGAACGAUACGCUCCUCGCGUCGGGAGAGCUGUAUAACAACUUUGUUAAGUUGGACGUUACGUAUAAGAACCCGGCGAGGGGACAGUGAUUGGAGGUUGGUGAUUUAGUGGUUUGGAGGCUCGGUUUGCUUAGUUUGCUUGGUGAUAAUGAAUGAUUGGAUUUGGAUAUGGAUAUGGGAUAUAUGGGUAUGAAGUUGGCGAUGGAAUAAUGAUUGUGUUUGUACGGUUAUUUGUAUGAUUUUGUGUGAUGCCCGAAAUAACAUGUAUAUUAUGUAUAUUUUUUUCCGUUAUGAAAGCUGGCUAUGGGA